AUGACAAAAUAUAAAAUUACUAGUAGAAAAACAUCCAAUGAAAGCGAUUCUUACUGUUCCGAGCAUUAUGGUCUACCAACUGAUUCAUCUGAAGAUAGUAUUAUUAUCGCUGAUGGUGGUGAUUUUGUAGGAUCAGCAGCAUAUAUUGUACGUCCAAGACAACCGUUAUCAUGGUUAGAUCCUGGACCAUUUGGAACGUUAGGUAUUGGUGGAGGAUUUGCAUUAGGUGCUAAAUUAUGCCGCCCAAAUGCUACUGUUUGGGUUAUUUAUGGUGAUGGUUCAGCGGGAUAUAGUUUAGCUGAAUGGCAUUCUUUAGCACGCCAUCGUGCUCCUGCUGUUGCUGUUAUUGGUAACGACGCUUGUUGGUCGCAGAUUGCUCGUGAUCAAGUUACGUUUUUCAAAUCCAAUAUCGGCUGUCAGUUGAACUACACACCAUAUGAAGUAGUUGGAUCAGCUUACUGUAGAAGUGUUGCUCCUACAUCAGAUAAUUUAGCAACUAACAAUAUUCCAGUCAAUGGUUUCUUAGUGGACAAACCUCAAUUGGAACAAAUAGUUCGUAUAUUUGAUGAGGUUAAACGACUUUCGAAUUCAGGGAUACCAUCUGUCAUCAAUUGUCUUAUCUCUGCAAGCAGCUUUCGAGAAGGCAGUUUGUCUGUUUAA